UCCCGCCGCAGGUUUCCAAUCGAUUGCUCGCUAAGAAGCUUAGGUGGGAGCUGAGGCUCAGAAGUCCUGUGCAGGUGGGUGGGCGCAUGCGCAGCGCGCGCUCCCACAAGCCGACCCGGGGCGAGUAGAGCUACCAGAUACUUUUGCCAUAUGAAGUUGAACAUGGCAGAAGAAGAGGACUAUAUGUCUGAUUCCUUCAUUAAUGUCCAACAAGACAUCAGACCAGGAUUGCCAAUGCUGAGGCAAAUCCGAGAAGCCCGUCGAAAAGAAGAAAAGCAACAGGAAGCUAAUUUGAAAAACAGACAGAAGAGUUUAAGAGAAGAAGAACAAGAAAGACGUGACAUUGGAUUGAAGAAUGCACUAGGCUGUGAAAACAAAGGGUUUGCUUUGCUCCAAAAGAUGGGAUAUAAAAGUGGUCAGGCCCUUGGCAAAAGUGGAGGUGGUAUUGUUGAACCAAUUCCUCUCAAUGUCAAAACAGGGAAAAGUGGCAUCGGUCAUGAGGCAUUACUGAAGCGGAAAGCAGAGGAAAAACUAGAAAACUAUAGAAGAAAGAUCCACGUGAAAACCCAAGCCGAAGAAAAAGCCGCAGAGCAGUUUCGACUGCGAUUGAAACAUAAGCAGGAUGAAGUGAAGCUGGAAGGGGACCUUAGAAGAAGCCAGCGAGCCUGCCAGCAGUUGGAUACUCAGAAGAAUAUUCAGGUUCCUAGGGAAGCAUGGUACUGGUUGGGGCUUGAAGAGGAAACCGAGGAAGAGGAAGAGGAAGAAAAAGAACACGAUGAAGAUGAAUAUAAGAGUGAAGACUUGAGUGUACUGGAAAAAUUACAAAUAUUGACUGGUUAUUUAAGAGAAGAACAUCUGUAUUGUAUUUGGUGUGGAACAGCCUAUGAAGAUAAAGAAGACCUCUCUUCAAAUUGCCCAGGACCAACUUCUGCAGAUCAUGACUAAGAUUAUUCUCAAUAAAGUAGAAACUUGGAAAAUGUUACUGUUUUCUAAAAAUAAACAAUUGAGCAGUUAGAAUUCCCAAAUUAUGCCAGUUAAAGAAAGAUGGCCUUUUUAUAUGUUUUGUUCUUUUUGUGAUUUUAGAAGCACUUUGUACUUUAUAGUUGUUCAUUGAUUUCAAAAAAAAAAAAUAACAAUGCUGUUU